GCAAGAGUAAUUCACUAAUUUAAAAAAAAAAAAAAAAAAAAAGAAAAAAAAUUCACUAAUUUGACAAAUUCCCAAAUCCCACACGCCAGCCGCAAAUCCACUCCGACUACUUCUCCGAAAAAAAACAAAUGGAGGACUGUGGUACUACUAGCGAAGCGGAGGGUACUACUGACUUCCGAUGCGUGCAGUGUGGAUUCCCUAUCAAAACCCUCUACAUUCAGUAUUCCCCAGGAAACAUUCGCCUCAUGAGAUGUGGCAAAUGCAAAGCAGUUGCUGAUGAGUACAUCGAGUGUGAAUUGAUGAUUCUCGUAAUCGAUUUGAUUCUGCACAAGCCGAAAGCAUUUAGGCAUUUGUUCUACAAUAUGUUCAGUAAAGAGACCGUCAACUUUGAGAGCUUGUUGUGGAAAUCGGUUUUGGCGUACCUUCUAUUGGAUUUCUACAGAAUAUGGGUUUUGAGCACAAGUGAAAAGGAAUGGUCUUCGCCUGUAGGAGUUUCUUCGCUGCUACUAGAAUUCACAAAGAUGCUGACUGGUGUUAUCUUCGGGAACCUCCUCUUUCUCGUUGUUGUAUUUCAUGCCACUCGGAAGUUUCUGAGUGCAUCAGCUGAAUUUUUCGGGUGGAAACAAAUAUUGCUCGUACUCGUCUUCUCGAGUUACUUCAAGAUCUUUCUCGUGGCCAUGAUGGUGUGGGAAUUUCCUUCCUCUGUGAUAUUCAUCAUCGACAUUUUUGUCAUAUCAUCCAACACUGUGGCUUUAAAAGUGACAACGAACUCAACGAUGACGAGAUGCAUGGCAGUUUGUGCUAUGGCAAAUGGUGUGAAGUUUUUAGCCAGUCAAAACACUAUGAUAGUUACCCAAAGCUAAGUAUGUGUCACACUUGCAAGUUGGUAUUUCUUGAGUUUUCAUGUACUCUUUUUCUUACUGUAAAACCCAAGAUCCAAGACAAUGUAACUCUAUUGGAUUUCAGUUUUGCCCUUUGCCUUAAGCCAAUUUAAAGAGUAGGCACCAAAUC